AUGGCAUGGGGUAGUCACUAUUUAAGGUGCCCCAACCAGGAGGUUAAUUUAUUACUACCUCUUAUCUCAACCAACGACCGUAAUAACCACAACCCUUUACCAUUAUCAUCAUCGUCUUCAAAUUCUGAUAUUACCUCCGUUGUUUGUCCCUCUCUUGCCUACGCAAAUACCCUUUUCUUCAGAUCGGCUUACAAUAUUCAGGUAAUUGUGGAUGAUAAUGAGCACGAGGAAAAGCUUAUUGGUCGCUUUCGAAGGGAGGUGAUGAGAGCUGGAGUUAUUCAGGAAUGUACGCGAAGGAGGUUUUUUGACAACACACAAGACAAAGAUAAGCGCAAGACUCGUGAGGCUGCUAAGCGUAAUCGUCGAAGACGUGGGCCACCACCAUCAAGAAAUUUCGGACAGGAUAAGCAAGAGACAUCCAAGAACAAGAGGAAUGAUGAUGAUGGAGAUAAUUGGGAACUUCCUGAUGGAGGUUGUGGCUCAUUUUCAAUCCUUGGAAACAUAACUGUUAAAUCUUGCUUCAUGGUGUUAGAUCGAGCGACUACCUUGCUGUUCCAUGGUUUUGAUCUCUCAGUUGCUUGUAGAAUAUCCGAGGGAGACAUCACAUAUUAG